AUGAACGGCGUCAAACACGACGCUGCAUCGGGUGGUGGUGUACCCGCUACCCCACCCAAACCCAAAUCUACCGCAUCACUCGCCGACAGCGUCGGUGCAACGGCUUCGAGCAUCUCUGAAAAAGCGUUGCCUCCCAUCCAAGAUGCCGUCUCAUCCGUCCAGAAAUCGGCUCAAUCACUGGUCGACUCGGCGUCCUCGACGACCAUCAAGUCGACAUCCUCCUCAUCCGAGUAUCCUAUCCCUCAAUCUCAUGCGGACUCGCAGAUCGCCGACUACGUCCUCGUCUUCCAACACGUUGCCAAAAAGUACCUCCGCGCCAACGCCAAGGUCCCCGCUUCCGAGAAAGCAAAGAUCGCGUCCGAGUACGAUGCGCUGAUCUCACGUAUUCGCGCAACGGGGCUGAAGGUGACCAGUCGAGAAGGCGCGAAAGCGUCGGGUCAGAUCUUGAUCUUUGUCAAAGCCGACUCGUCGCUUCUCCAAAAGCUGGCGAGGCAGGAGGCGCUGUCCGACUACCUGCACGGUGUGUUGUCCGUCCAGCCUCCACCACCGCGCUCUUCGAGCUUGAAAGGGAACGAUCAGGCUGCGGGUGUCAACCUCACACCCGCGUCGAGACUUCGGCUUGUGGACUCGCUGCUCACCUUGCCUACGCUGGCGAGUCACGCGGUGAAGGAUGCGGGUGCACAGGUCCCCAGUGGUGCAGGUUUGAGGAUUGGGCUCUCCGAGUUCCCGCAUCUGGUGGAUAUGAGCGCGAUCCACGACCCGGCCUACAACUCGGACUGGGUCAAGAGAUGGUCUCACACCAGUCCUACCAAGGCCUUCUCCGGAGUUGGGUUGGAAGACCUGGACUCGAUCAGGGAGCAUUUCGGCGAAGACGUCGCGCUGUACUUUGGUUUCCUCAACUUCUAUUUCCAGGCUCUGGCUCCCGUUGCACUACUGGGGGCUGGAUUUUGGAUCGUGGGCAGACCCUUUUCGCCGAUCUAUUCGUUGGGGUUGGUGACAUGGUCGUGUCUGUUGGUCGAGGUGUGGAGGAUGAAGGAGCGCAAGCUCGCGGUCCGGUGGGGCACCCUAGGUGUGAGCGAAGUGGAUCGGAGGAGGCACGACUUCGUUCCGCGAACCACUCGAAUCGAUCCUGCGACGGAAGAACCCGAAGAGGUGUUCGAAUGGUGGAGGCGAGAGCUGCGCGUCGUCCUCUCGCUGCCGAUCGUGGCGUUCUUCGCUUCGGCGCUGGCGGCUACGAUGACGUUGAUGUUCGUCGUCGAGAUCUUCGUGACGCAGCUGUACCACGGACCGUUGAAGCAGGCGGUGCCGUUUGUGCCGACGGCGUUGUUGGUGGUGGCGAUUCCGCAGAUCAUGGCCGCAUGGCAGGCUACGGCGGUGGCGAUCACCAAGUGGGAGAACCACUUUAGCGCCAAGUCGUACGACUACUCGAUGACGUUGAAGAGGUUCGCGAUGCAGGCGAUCACCGCGUACGGGGCGUUGACGCUGUCUGCGUACGUGUACAUUCCGUUCGGAGAGACGAUCAUGGAGACGAUGGUGCAGCGCGGGUUCUUCCAGGAUUCGAUCCGGGAGGCGAUCCGACAGGGCAAGAUCGGCGAGAAGGGGAUCGACUUCCGCAUCAAUCCGGAUCGCAUGCAUACGCAGCUGUUUGCGGUCAGCGUGACGAGUCAGCUGGUGAAUGCGUUUACGGAACUGGCUUUGCCCGUGCUGAUGCGAAAGUUCAGCGAGUGGAGGGAGGAGCGUUCCGAGAAGAAGACGCCGCAACGCUCUGGUUCGAUCGAUUCCUCCGCUUCCUCCUCUUCCGGUGCCGUGACGCCGCUGGAUGGAAGCGAAGAAUCCGAACGACGCUUCGUCUCCCGCGUUCGCAAGGAACUCCUCCUCCCACCCUACGACCUCUUCGGCGACUACGCCGAGAUGGCCACCCAAUUCGGCUACAUCACGCUCUGGUCCGUCGUCUGGCCGCUCUCUCCCGUCAUGGGUUUCGUCAACAACUUCUUCGAGCUGCGCUCGGACGCGGCCAAGAUCAGCCUCAACAACCGACGUCCCAUCCCCGUGCGCUCGGAAACCAUCGGGGCGUGGCUCGAAACCUUCUCCUUCAUCGCCUGGCUUUCCGCGCUGAACAACGCGGCGCUGGUGUACCUCUUCCAGCAGUCGGACCAGGCGCACCUCGCAGGUCACUCCAGGUACGAGACUACGAUGAGGAGUCACAUCCACCCGAACAACGUCACUGUAGGCGGAGGAGAUGGACAGUCGAUGUUGAGUUUCAGCAGGUUGCUGCCCAAGAGCGUGCCGACGGCGGGGGCGGCGGGGGCGAUCGUCGCGGCGGUGUUGGUGGCGUUGCUGGCGGAGCAUGUGUAUGGGGUGGUGCGGGGUGGGGUGAGGCAUGUGUUGGAGAGGUUGAUUUGGAGGGGAAGCAAUGAGGAGAUGGUGGUGAGGAGGAGGGAGUGGGUGUUGAGGGUGGAGACGUUGAAGAGCCAUGUGCAUGGGGAGGGGGAGAAGGAGCUGGUGAAGGAGAUUGCGGGAGGUGGUGGAGAUGCAGGGUUUUGGAGUGAGGAGAAGGACGUUGGUGCUUCGGCUAUUCGUGGAGUUGGCAAGACCGAGUAG